AUGGGACACCUCAAUCUGGAAUACAUCAAGUCAGCAAAGAGGCAUGAAUACCAGACCAGCCAGAUCCACAUUUUACAGGCUCUUAUUGCUGAAGAGUUCAAGAAUGUAAACUCUGAGGCCAGUAGAGUGCUGCAGGAGGGAAAUUAUCGCGCGCUGAUACAGAGAGCGCUAUGGAUGGUGCGCGCGGGCUGCCGGGGGUUCCGUGACAUGCUCGCCAGCGCGAGGAGGAGGAUGCCGGUGCUGGGCUUCAGCGUGUUGACGGUGCUGCUCUGUCUGCGGGAGGUUGGUGCUCUGCAGAUUCAGUGUUAUCAGUGUGAGGAGAUUCAGCAGGAUGACUGCUCAUCUCCAGAGUUCAUCGUUAACUGCACUGUUAAUGUGCAGGACAUGUGCCAGAAGGAAGUUCUCAUCAGGUGGGACGGUGUACACUACAGGAAGUCAUGUGCGUCGUCUGGGGCGUGUCUGAUCGCAUCAUCAGGGUAUCAGCAGUUCUGUACAGGGAAGCUCAACUCCGUCUGCAUCACCUGCUGUAACACACCGCUGUGUAACGGCCCACGGCAAAGACGCCGCCCACCCGGCUCGCCUGCCUCACCCCUCCCCCUACUGCCCCUUUCACUAUUGCUCAUCUCUGCCCUCCUCUCACUGUCUCUCUCUCUGUCUGUCUCUCCAUCUGUCUGUCUCGCUCACUGAUGCUUCAGCUCUGCACGCUCACUGACUUCAUAUCACUUACGGAGAAACCAUCAAAACUGUCUCACUUCCAUUGUCUCCCUUUACGUCACCCUCUCUGGUACACUCACUGACGCUAAAGUUCUGUCUCUCUCUGCCUGUAUAAUUCUCUCUCUCUCUCUCUCUCUCUCUCUCUCUCUCUCUCUUUUUCCUGCUCCAUACUGCAACUAAAUUUAUGCCAGUCAGAUAUUAAAGGUCAUAUCCUCUUCCUGUCUCACUCUCACUUUUACUCUCUCUUUCUCCUUAUCCUUGUCUCUCCCUUUGUUCCUGUCUCUCUCGC